GUAUUUUUUUUAGGUACUGCUAAUCGCAUGAUUCUAUUAACCAGCCACUCUUUUAAAGGUUUUGCCCUCUGUUCAUAUUCCAAUUCGCCUUCACGCAUAGGAAGAAACAAAAGGUUCCAAUGGCUAGCAGAAAGCUCGUACGGGAUUGGGUAAUCUGUAAAAAUCCUUCUUUCCGGCGAAUAUUAGCGCCACCACAACAGGUGGUGAGAUUGAUUGGAGCAGAGAGUUACGUGGGUAUUCGUCCUUAUAGUGUAUUCAAUGAGUUCUCCAAACAGGUUAAAAGCGAAGUCUACAGAAAUCAAGAAUUCCAACGGUCUGUCAAGCAACUGAAGGAGAAAGCUGAGGAAUUGAAAGGGGUGAAAGAAGAUUUUAAAACAAGAAUGAAGCAGACAACGGGGACGCUUUACAAACAUGUGGAUGGUGUUUGGACGGAGGCUGAAGCUACGACAAAAAAGGUCAAAGAUAGCUUUGGAGUGGGGAAGCAAGAAGCUCGAGGAUCAAGCAGUCACUCUGACACUUCUAGUUCAAAUGCCAAUGGGAGUAGUGAGUCUGCAUCUGCAAAAAAUCAACAGGAACAACAAUCUGGUUCCAGUGAUAGUGCGGAAACAGUUUUUAGCAAGGUUAAAUCUGCUGCUUCAUCAAAAGUCUCACCGUUCUUUCAGAAAGUAAAAGAAGCAAAGCCUGUUGGCUUAGCAAAGAAGGGCUACGACAUCAUAUUGGACGAGUUGAAAGGUACUCCUCCUGGUACGAGAAAGCACCUCGAGUAUUCUGCGCCCAUACAAGAAACUUCGUCAAACUUUGAGAGGAGCACAAGAACUGAGGUUGUUGUCUUACCAUCGAAGCAAUCGAAAUGGAAUAAGGAAUGGGAAACCUUCAAGGAAAAAAUGCAGGGUCACCCUCUUUCUAAGAGCUUCACUGCUGCGACUAAACCUUUUGUGACAAAGUUGCAGGAGACUAUAGAAGAUAUUCGUGAGGGACUUGAAACGAGUGAUAAUCCCGUUGUUCACAAACUCCAAGAUAUGCGUGCGAAUAUGGAUGGAGAAUCUUCAGCUGCGAUGUCAACUAAAGAGAUUUACAGCAGAGAUCCGUCAUUCUCUUUGCCUGUAUUUGUUGAUGAGGUUCAAGAAGUGAUUCGACCAGUUCUUGACGCUUUCUUCAAAGGAGAUACAGAGGGGUUAAAGAAAUAUUGCAGCAAAGAGGUAAUUGAGCGGUGUAAAGCAGAGCAUCAAGCUUUUGAUAGCCAGGGUAUCAUUUUCGACAACAAGGUAAGAAUAAACGCAAGUUAUUACGUAUAUUUUUUGCUUUUAAAUUCACUAGUAAAUUAGCCGCGCUUUGCGUGGUUGUAAAAGAAAUCAGUGAAUUCUUUGUUUUAAAUUGCAUUGUUAUUUUUACAAUGGAAAAAAUGCAUUUGUCACAAUACAUAAGAAAGGGAAAACAAUGAAAAAUUCAAUCAAAGCAAACAUGUAAAAACCGGCACAUUAAUUAACCAAAAAAACAAAGGAAAAGGAGGAAAACUAAAGGUCUCGAAUUAGAGAUGAACUAACAAGUGUUAAUUUCCAAAUGAAAAUAAGUUUCUGGUGGUUUUAAAAAUACAAAAAUGUGAAAAAUUCUCCCAAAACAUCUUGUCAUAGCCACUGCCCCUACCUCAAAUAUCAAUAACAUAAAAUUCACCUAAAAAGUUUUCCAACUAAGAUCAAUAAAGGUAAGUAAAUUGAAGGGAAGAAGUGUUUUGAUAGUUGAUAUUCUAACAGAGUUUUUUCCAUAACCAUAAAAAACACAAAAUUCAUCAAGUUGCGAAGUUCCUCGCUAUUUGCUCUUGUUUUUCUUGCAAAUUU